GCGCCCUGAUUCACGCUGUCAGACGGCGCUGGUUUGACUCUGACACUGGGAAAAGGGGGAUGAGUAAAAGCGCGAGCGCUUUUCAGUUGAUCUUAUUCUUCUUGUUUUUUAUUCUUUAAUUAAACUUUUCCCACGGACCUCUUUUAACACUUCGAGUCAAGAUUUUAGGUCCACAAGGAGCUCUUUAACCUCAGAUAAAUAAAUAAAUAAAUAAAGAAACAAAGCAUGUCUGAUGAGUUAGCUAGCUAGCUUCCACAGGUGCUCCAUCACAAGAAGAAACUAGCACAGGAACCUGUUUCUUGACCUUCUCACAUAUUCUGUAUUUUUUCCAUCAGACAACCUUAUGAUACCCGUUCCCGGAUCUCAGAUAGUUACCUUGUGAAUGUAUGGAGCACUUUAACUCAAGGCAUUCCUACCUCUAGAAAAACAAACAAAUCUCAGCUACACAUUAUCUAUCUCAUGCCUGAGCCUUCUAGUGUUGAGACCUAAUUCACUGUACGUCUUUAGAGACUGGUUCACUCGUAACUCAUAAUCAUCAGUGAUCCAUAGCAUACAUACACUUGAUUAAGACUUUAUACACCUAAAAUCGAUCCACUGUUGGCGAAUUACAUCUGUGGCGGCGGCGGUGGUGGACGGCAAAGUCACCAAACUCGGAUUCAAUGGCGACGUGUUGCACAGUCUCGGUUCUCAGUAUUAGCUUAGGUUUGAAAGGUCACUGAUUUCCGUCCAAACCGUUCACCCUGGCGGAUCCCCAGCAGCCCCGGGAAGCCAUGGCGUCCUCAGUGCGCUUCACUGUGACACCGACCAAAGCCGAGGAUAUCCCAGGCCUGUCGGAUGCGUCGCCCGACACCGGCUCACGCGCCACCGGACGAGUCCACUUCGGCUCACGAGAGAGCUUCAACAACAGCGAGGACACGCCGGACCGAAGCCACCAUGACCAGGAUGGAAAUUCUAAGAUCUCCAAUGUGUACAUCAAUAACACUCACACCAUUGAUGACGAUGAUUUCUACGACCGAAACCUGGCGCUGUUCGAGGAAGAGAUGGACACCCGACCGAAGGUUUCCUCCCUCCUCUCGCGUCUGGUCAACUACACAAACCUCACACAGGGUGCCCGCGAGCAUGAAGAGGCUGAAAACAUUGGAGAGAAACGCAAAUCUAUCAAGUCUCUUCAGAUGGGCACGUUCAUGGGCGUAUACCUGCCUUGCCUGCAAAACAUAUUUGGCGUCAUCCUCUUCCUCCGGCUCACUUGGGUCGUGGGAACAGCCGGAGUUCUGCAGGCGCUGUGUAUCGUCUUCAUCUGCUGCUGCUGCACCAUGCUGACUGCUAUCUCAAUGAGUGCCAUUGCUACUAAUGGAGUGGUACCAGCCGGGGGUUCGUAUUUUAUGAUCUCACGCUCGUUGGGCCCAGAGUUUGGGGGUGCAGUCGGUUUGUGUUUUUAUCUCGGCACCACCUUUGCUGGGUCCAUGUACAUCCUCGGAGCCAUCGAGAUCUUGCUGAUGUAUAUAGCUCCAUCAGCUGCCAUCUUUUACUCCCAUAAGCCCGAGGGCGAAGCGGCAGCUAUGUUAAACAACAUGCGUGUCUACGGCUCCAUUUUCUUGCUGCUGAUGUCACUUCUGGUCUUCGUGGGAGUCAAAUACGUAAAUAAAUUGGCGUCGUUAUUUCUGGCCUGCGUCAUAAUUUCUAUCCUCUCCAUCUAUACCGGCGCUCUGGUCUCAGCCUUCAGUCCACCUUCCUUCCCAGUGUGUAUGCUGGGCAACCGGAGCAUCUCUCGACACGAGCUUCAUGACAAUCUGUGUGCCAAGAUGAUUCAGGACGAAAACAGUAUCAAUAUCAACAUUAGUGAAAGCUUCAAUGGCACCGAAGCCCCUUCUUUUACUCCAUUAGUGGUGGAAAAGACAACAGUUCUCUGGUCACGGUUUUGUAAUUUGUCGAAGCUGAACACAGUGUGUGAUGAGUAUUUCACUCACAACAAUGUCACGAAGAUCGCGGGAAUACCGGGACUCACUAGUGGAAUUAUUGCAGAAAACAUCUGGAGUUCAUACCUCAGUAAAGGAGAUCUUCUGGAGCGAGGUUCAAACCCUGCCCCCAGUUCAGCCUCUUCAUACUCCAACCACCACUUUCCAUACGUCUUUGUCGACAUGACUACGUCUUUUACACUGUUGGUGGGAAUCUUCUUCCCGUCUGUGACAGGUAUCAUGGCAGGCUCAAAUCGCUCAGGGGAUCUGAAGGACGCCCAGCGCUCUAUUCCUAUUGGAACUAUUCUAGCCAUCCUCACCACUUCUCUCGUCUAUCUGAGCUGUGUGGUUCUGUUCGGAGCCUGUGUGGAGGGGGUGCUUCUGCGAGACAAGUUUGGAGACUCGGUCAAAGGGAACUUGGUUGUAGGGACACUCGCGUGGCCCUCCCCCUGGGUCAUCGUGAUUGGAUCUUUUUUCUCGACGUGCGGAGCAGGCCUUCAGUCGCUGACCGGCGCCCCAAGAUUGUUGCAGGCCAUCGCUAAAGAUAACAUCAUCCCCUUCCUCAGGGUGUUCGGUCACGGUAAAGCUAAUGGAGAGCCUACUUGGGCUCUGCUGCUGACCGCCUUCAUCGCCGAACUGGGCAUCCUCAUCGCUUCACUGGACUUGGUCGCUCCUAUUCUUUCCAUGUUUUUCCUGAUGUGUUAUCUGUUUGUAAAUCUGGCGUGUGCUCUUCAGACUUUGCUGAGAACCCCCAACUGGAGACCUCGUUUCUCCUAUUAUCACUGGACGCUGUCGUUUUUGGGGAUGGUCAUUUGCCUGGCUCUAAUGUUCAUUUCAUCGUGGUACUACGCAAUCGUCGCCAUGGUGAUUGCCGGCAUGAUUUAUAAGUACAUUGAGUAUCACGGGGCAGAGAAAGAGUGGGGAGAUGGAAUUAGAGGUCUGUCUCUGAGUGCAGCUCGCUUUGCCCUGCUCAGGCUGGAGGAGGGGCCACCACACACCAAGAACUGGAGGCCUCAGCUUCUGGUUUUGCUGAAGCUUGAUGAAGAUGCUCACGUUAAGUCUCCACGCCUUCUGACGUUUGCCUCUCAGCUGAAAGCCGGAAAAGGUUUAACCAUCGUGGGCACCGUCAUUAACGGAAACUUCCUUUACUCUUAUGGAGAAUCGCUUGCUGCUGAACAGACGCUGAAGCACCUGAUGGAGAAAGAGCGGGUGAAAGGCUUUGUGCAGUGCAUCGUGGCCCAAAAGCCACGUGAAGGCAUCAGUCACAUGAUCCAGUCAAGCGGCCUGGGUGGCAUGCGGCCAAACACGGUGGUAAUGGGCUGGCCACACGCCUGGAGACAGAGUGAAGACCCGCAAAGCUGGAAGACGUUCAUCAACACUGUGCGUCUAACGACAGCAGCCCACCUCGCUCUACUGGUGCCCAAGAACAUCUCUCUCUUUCCCACGAAUAGCGAGCCGUAUUCAGACGGUUAUAUUGAUGUGUGGUGGAUCGUACACGACGGAGGCAUGCUCAUGCUCCUGCCCUUCCUACUGCGGCAACACAAGGUUUGGCGUAAAUGCGGGAUGCGCAUCUUCACUGUGGCUCAGAUGGAGGAUAACUCCAUUCAGAUGAAAAAGGACCUUGCCACCUUCCUCUACCACUUGCGUAUAGAGGCUGAAGUCGAGGUUGUAGAGAUGCAUGACAGUGAUAUCAGUGCGUAUACAUAUGAGAGAACUCUGAUGAUGGAACAGAGAUCUCAAAUGCUCCGCCAGAUGCGCCUCUCCAAAUCGGAUCGAGACCGAGAGGUAUUAUCUUGUGGAGAGAAGACUAUCAACUUCAGCCCCAUACAUAGUGCAGAGAGAAGCAAUAUAAAAGAAGACAGAGGGAGUGAAAGUGAGGGUGAGACAGAGAAAAAGAGAGCCCAGCUAGUAAAGGACAGGAACUCGAUGCUACGUUUAACGAGCAUUGGCUCCGAUGACGACGACGACACUGACGGACCUGGAGGGACAGAAAAAGUGGGCGGAGCCACUGACCAUAGGCGUGUCCACAUGACCUGGACUAAAGACAAAGCACUGGAACUGCGUGCACAAGCGCACAUUCCCUCCGGCUGCAGCACACCAGAGGGCUUCAGAGACAUGCUCAGUAUCCGGCCGGAUCAUUCCAAUGUGCGGCGCAUGCACACAGCGGUCAAACUCAACGAGGUCAUCGUAAAUAAAUCCCACGAUGCCCGGCUGGUCCUACUCAACAUGCCAGGACCACCCAAGAACCCGGAGGGAGACGAAAACUAUAUGGAAUUUUUGGAGGUUCUGACCGAAGGCCUGGAGCGCGUCCUGUUGGUCAGGGGUGGAGGAAGUGAGGUCAUCACCAUUUACUCUUGAUUGCCAGUAAAAGUCAUUCAGCUGAUGAUUAACUGUACCGUUGAGCCCAACGCAGUGCGGACGAAUGCCUCACUGGCUGUGUCUCCAACAUGCUCCGCCUACUCUGUCAAGCCCCACCCACCAUCCACAUUAGUUUGUGGUCUCCAGCUCCAGCGUCACCAUUUCCAUGUGAAUGACACGAUGGUUAUGAGCAUGCGUAGAAGUGCAGUAUCGGACCAACUGAAGAGAAACACACACAUCACAUACAUCACACAGUGGGACAGUGAGUGUGUUCCAUGGAUUGACUCAGGGGUUGUUCUGGUUGAUGGACCUUGAAUGUGUGUGGUAAUGUUCGAGCCAUUUCUAUGUUCCAGAUUGAAUAAUUAUUGUUAAGACAUUCUUAAAGAUUGUUUCAGCUAAGUGUUUGUAUUUGACGGAAGGACCGAGUAUUCAGAAUGAAAGGUGACGUUUUUUCUAGCAAUAAGAAGCAGGCAUUGUUGCACAUUUUGUCAAUGUUUCCACAUGCUGUUUUAGUGUUGUGCUUGCAUGUUAGUGUGUAUGAGCGAGCGUUCGAUAUCCAUUUAAGAUCCCUUAUGCGCUUAAUUUGGUUUGUUUUUAUUUCCUUUGAGCAACCACAAUGUGCUUUCAGUCUAUCAGCUGAAAUUCCUGCACUCUUUAUAAUGAUUGUAUUUGUGGUCCUUGCUCUGUUGUUUUUUUUUUUUUUUUUUUUUAAUGUCUGCAGAUCACCUACCCCAGCAGUGCUUUCGAAGUAUGUUUUAAGACAAUUUUAUUAUUAUUUUUAUUUUUUAAUGUUUCGCAAUGUUUUCUCUGUGCUCUACAUAUCUUUGAUUGUACUUUCAAAGCAAAGACCAAUUUUUAUGUCAUUUCUUAUUUGCUUUUUUUUUUUUUUUUUUUUACGUUACAUUAAUAUUUCGAAAUAAAAUGGUCAAGAAAUCGAUAAGUGGGAAAUAAACUGAUUUUUGAAG